AUGCGGCGGAGGACGAAGAAGAUAUCGGUGAGCUGCUGGAGCCGUUCACCAGGGACGAGCUCCGGGACCUCCUCACUGACGCCUACCUCCGCGACCCCGCCCUGCUCUCCCGCCUCGCGGCCCGAGCGCGCCGCGCACGACGCCCUGAGGGUGUUCUUCUCCAAGUUCGGCGAGAUCGAGGAGGGAUCCCUCGGCGCCGACCGGGAUACCGGGCUCUUUCGCGGGUACGCCAUCUUCUUCUUCAAGACGCCCGAUGGGCUCAAGAAGGCCCUCGAGGAGCCCACCAAGGUGUUCGACGGGUGCGAGCUCCAGUGCCGGCGCGCAUACAGGGUGACCAAUAGGAAGCAUGCUGCCGCCGCACCCGUGGACACAGGUGUCCAGAGCAAUGGUGGCGCUGUUGCCGCGGUCUUGCCCUCUGUCCAGGCCAAGGACCUUGCAUUGACAUCCAAGCAGUCGGUGCUUUCAUCGAAUCAGCCAGUUGGGCUGACAGCCGAGGGGAGUAGCUCAGCCCCGGCCACCGUUGGCUUUCGUCAGAAUGUGCCUGCUGGUGGCGCUGGUAUCCUCGGUGCAGCUCCUGUGGCCUCUUCGCUGAUUCAUGGCACAUCAAGCACACCACCAAAUCAUUGUGGCGCUGCAAUUGGGCAUGUUGGAUUGGGUAACACUGCUAGAGCUGGUACUUCAACCAUUGAGCCUAUAAUUGGGGCAAAAAAUUCCUUGGGUGCUUCACAUCCUGGCCGAUUGUCGGCUAGGCCUGGCUUAAUACAGCAUUACCUGGGAAGAUAGGUGAAGUAUCAUGACAUUUUGCUAGACAAGAACUCGAAUAGAACCUAAGCAGGGACUUGAUGCUACUUUCACACUGAAGUAAGGAACUGCAACCUUAGUUGCUUCAGUGCAUCUCAUUCCCAUGGUUUUCAGUUUUCCUGCUUAUCAUGGGAGAAACGAUUGUGAUAUCUAAUUACUAGGAAAUGUGAUUUUGUAGAUGGUUUGUAGAACAGACUCAUAAUCUGUAAGGCUGUCAGUGAAUGUGUCGUUCCUAGAAACAGGUGAGAGCAAUCUUGGACCUGUUGAUC